AGCUGCCCGGCAGCCCCGGCCCGCGCACGCCAGGGAGGACUUUAGACACCACGAGGAGCCCGUCGACGGCCGGGCCGACGCUCGCACGCUGCUCCUCCUGAGUCUCGGGGCGCGGUGGGCCGGGCCGGGGACCUGUUGCAGCUGGACACGACACGACAGGACAGGACACGCAGGGUCGCGGGCGCGGCAUGACCGGUGCUGGUGCCGCCGGGGCAUUGUCGUCUCCAGUCGGCGACCACUGCUAGCCGGCGCCACACCGCGGACCUUGGGCGCAGCGUAACAAGUGAUGCUGUGCGAUGGACCCCUGGAGAUGGGGCCGCUCGUGGGGCUCCGAGCCGCCGGGGCCCGCACCCCAGGCCGCGCACGUGAGCGCCAUGGCCUCGGGGGCCGUGCCGCCGGUGCUGGUGGGCGAGCGGGUGCUGUGGCUGGGCAGCGGCAGCGGCAUCCCCCAGGGCGCCGUCGUCCGCUGGAUGGGCAAGCUCCCCGAGAUGGGGCCGUCCUGGACCCUGGGCAUCGAGCUGGACGUGGCGCUGCCGUUCGGCGGCAUUGACGGCUGGUGGGGCGGGCGGCGCCUCUUCGCCUGCGAGCCGCGCCGGGGCCUCCUGGUGCCGCUGUCCAGCGUGGCGCGCGAGCCGCCGUCACCAGGACCAGGACCUCUUCCGGGGUGGCAGCACCAGCAACACCAGCAGCACUAUCAUCAUCAGCAGCAGCAGGACUGGGCGGACCACCUCCAGGACCACGGCGGAGGGGCCCCGCCGGAGUACUUCAACGCAGGACCCGGGCAGCCAUACCCCAAGCCUGCGGUCCGCCGCAAGAACACGGGCACCUUCGUGCAGAGCCUUCCCCUGGUCGAGGAGGAAACGAGGCAGGCCGUGUACGACACCCGUGACCACGUCCUCCAGCAGCAAGACGAAGCCGCCGCCGCCGGGUCCUCGUCGGCAUCUACCGCCACCGCGGCCCCGUCCGUCCCCGGGCCGUCUGCGCCGCCCAGGCUCAAGAACGGCGUGCGCCUCACGCGCUCAGGAGACUACAGCGCCUUCAGCUGGCAGCUGGCGGGACCUUCCACGUCCGGCCAGCCCAGCGGCCCGUCGGUCGGCCAGGACCCCGUCGAGGCCUCGGGGCCGGUGCGGAGCAGCAGCGCAGAGGCCCUGCAGGCCGGACACCAGCCGAGGCCGUCCAGCGGCUACGGCCUCUUCUCCUUCUUCCGCUGGUUCAAGAAGGGCGGCAAGCAGGCUGAGCAGCCGGACGGCGCCGACGAGCGCACAGAGGACGUGGACCAGUACGACGACGAGGAGUACGAUGACGACGACGAUGACGACGACGGCUACCUCCGGAGCGGACCGGGCCGGGCCACCAGCUUCGGCAGCAUCGACACGGUGCUAAGCACGGCCACCGUGAACAGCUUCGCGUUCGUCCAGCCAGGCGCGUACCCACUGGGGGCCGUCAGCCCCGUGCCAAGGAGGGGGUUCCCCGCGGCGGACACAGACUCGUACCGACAACGGAUCCGGCAGCGCGACCGCCGACGGGAGUCGGAGCGGGGCGUGUCCCUGAGGAGGAAGUACCGACUGUACGGCAGCGACAGCACCAUCCACAGCUUGCAGCACCGCAGCCACACCGACCUGAGCGUCGGCACUAACGACCGACGUCAAAGUGACGUCGACCGCAAACUAGGUGGACGGCACGCCGACGUUGACCAGGGCGUGGAUGGUCGCCAGACAUACGCUGUCCGCAAGGCAGAUCGCCUCGAGGCAAGCGGUUAUCAGACUGAAAUUCCCGUUGCCCCCGUUCGACGACAAAGUGACACACCCGAUAGCCUUCAUCGUAGGGCCGGUGAGGGUGCAAGCGUUCGUCUGAGCGAGGAGCCUAAGGCUCCGGACCGACGGCGGAGUGACACCUCUCAGACACCGGAUCGACGUCAAAGUGACGUCUCUCAAACGCCGGAUCGACGGCAAAGCGACGCGUCACAGACACCGGAUCGACACCAAAGUGACGUAUCUCAUAUUCCAACCCGUCUCCGAAGUGACGCCUCUCAAACACCGGAUCGUCGUGAAAAGGACGUUUCACAGACUCCUGAACGAGCGCAGACCAUCGGCCCAACACGCCCGAACGACAGCGCCCCGGUCCAGUCGCAGGCGCCCGACGAGGCGCAAUCCCAGCCGUGCACGUCCACGGCGCAGAGUGACCUGGUGGGCAGCACCCGGAGCUCUACGCCGUUGACAUCGGGAUCCUACCCGGACGUCGUCGUCCCCACGCUAGGCAGGAAGAAGCGACGUGCCCCCGAGCCGCCGCCACCCAAUCCGUUCAACGACUACAGCCUACCAGCCACCCUCGAGCACCGGGCCCCGCCGGACCUCACCGGCCCCCUGUACGAGAGCGCCACCCUGCACAUCGGCCGCUACGAGCACCGCCGCUCCGCCAGCGACACGUCCACGGACAAGCGGCCGGCCCACGUCCGCGGCAAGAGGCGCGCGCCAACGCCCCCCUGCGAGCCCGGGGCCGCCACGCCCGACGGCACGCCUUACGGAACGCCCUUUGGAACGCCCUCCGGGACACUCACGGGCGGCAAGAAGAAGAGGCCGGCGCCGCAGCCCCCCGGCUGGGAGGAAGAGCGGCUAGAGAGGCUGCGGAGGCAAGAGAAAGCGAGGCAAGAGGAGGAGAGACAAGAAAGGGAGAGGCUAGAAAAGGAGAGACUAGAAAAGGAGAGACAAGAAAAGGAGAGGUUAGAAAACGAGAGGAUAGAAAGGGAGAGGCUCGAAAGGGAGAGGCUUGAAAAGGAGAGGCUAGAAAAAGAGAAACAAGAAAAGGAGAGGCUGGAAAAAGAGAAACAAGAACAAGAGAGACAGGAAAAGGAGAGACAGGAAAAAGAGAGGGCCGAGAGAGACCGUCUAGAAAGGGAAAGAGUUGAAAGAGAGAGGGAGAGGGAGCUUAUGCUGGAGAGACAGAAGCUAGAAAAGGAGAGACUGGAAAGAGAACUCAUCGAAAGAGAGAAGGAGAAGCUGCGUCAGGAGGUGGAGCGGCUGGAGAGGGAACGGAAUGAGACAGAGCGACUGCUCCAAGAGAAGAAUGAGAAGGAACGUCUAGAACAAGAAAACAUCAAGCGGCUCGAACGGGAGAUCAAGCUGGCCCAGGAGACGCUGGAGCGGGAGCGCUUGGAGAAGGAGAAGCUGGACCGGCAACUCAGGCUGGAUCGCAACAAGGACAAGAAGGGCGGGGGUGCGGGGCUGAGCGCCGAGGAGCGCGAGCGGCUGCUCGGCAACAUCAACAAGCUGCAGGCGCACGCCGCCAGGAUCGGCAGCCCGCCGGGCUCCCCGAGGACUCCCCGGGCCACCGGCUCGCCGCGCACCCCCAGGGCCAACAGCGACAUCUGCAGGCCCCAGGCUGCCAAGGAGAACAUGGCACCCGGCGUGGCGGCCGCAGCCCCGGGGCCCGUGUCGCCCCGGCCGUGGUACAAGCGAUCGUCCUCGUCGUCGUCAUCCUCGUCCUCGUCGCACAGGGACAGCGGCGGCUUCAGGGACAUCUUCCGCAGCCUGGAGAAGAGGCACAAGAAGUCGGUGGAGGAGGAGGAGUGGAUGCCCGAGUCCGGGGUGCCGCGGAGCACCGGCGGCAGUCACGGAACCACGGCGGACAGCGGCAGCGGGGGUAGCAGCCACGGCAGCCGCUUCAACAUCUUCUCCCGUCUGACGGAGGACUGGCGAGGCGAGAAGCGCAAGUCGACGCCAGUGUCCAUGCUCCCCAACAUCAGCGAGCUCGACCGCGAGGCCGCCGAGAUCGUGCAGGAGCAGCACGCCCGGGAGGCCGCCCUGCAGGCCAAGCGCGACGCCAAGUUCUACGCCAGCCCCGCCGCCACCGUCGCUGGCGCGGAGCAGGAACCGGAGGCCGCCGAGGUUAGCCCCGCCGAUGACGAAGACCUGGAGCUGCCGCGGAAGAACUCGGCCAAAGAGCUCAUCUCGCUGUUCAACGCCAUCAGCAGCAUCCCGGGCAGCUCGGCCGUGUUUGGCAAGGUCCCGGAGGCAGGACCAUCAGCGAGCACCUCGGCGAGCUCGUCGCAGGAAGACAAGAGGACCGCCUUCGCCGGCGCCAGGUCCAAGAGCAGCGACGCGGACGACAGGCCGCGAGCGCAGUCCCCCACGGGGCCCCUCACGCGAAGGCAGUUUGCCUCGAUCUAUGAGACUGGCGCGGAGGCGGCCGCACUGUCGGAGGAGGCGUUCAGGGUGACGGCUCCCAUUGCCAACGUAGACGACGACAGCGACCUCGCGCUGUACCCAAGCGCUACGCCCAAGGCCGUGAAUGGACAUGCCGCCCCCUCAAGCUCCAUAACGACGGACAAGAAGGAUUUCUCGGUAGAUGCGCUCAAAAUCACGUCUACCGUGCCGGCGCUCGCCAAGACGGCCACCCAUUCGAUCUCGGACAGGAAGCUACCUGCAGUGACGGCACCGGAAACUGCAACACCUCCAACCUUGGAAAAGAAGGACCCUUUGCCGAGCGCGGCCAAGGUGGCUGUCUCCCUUGCGGACAAGGCCGCCGUGGACUCGGAGAGGGUCUCGAUCACUCAGACGCCCCGCCCAGUGACGCUCAACGGGCUCGCGAUGUGGGUGUGUCCCCGCUGCACCCUGGAAAACCCUCGCUGGAGGUUCACUUGCGACGCGUGUUCCAUGUGGAGGCCGGCCGAAAGGCGUUCUGUGCGAGAGGACGACGCCGAUGUGCCAACGGGCCCACCUGCCUUUCUCAACGAGGACAAGAGGGCACAGGACAAGGCGCUAGAGAAGGCCUCUGGCGUGGCGAAGGCCACCAGUGGGAUAAACUGGGAGGUCGAGCUCAAGCGAUAUCUGGAUAAGGAUGGGAAGGCCUCGGUGACCGGCAACGCGGAGAAGCCCUCCACCUCCACGUCAUCGCAGCACACCGUCGACAAAGUGCACACCCAAGCAGCAGCACCCAAACCGGCCAUCUCCCAGUUGCCGCUCGCGGAGACCAACCACCCGCUGAACCACGCAGGAGUCCAGGCUGUGAAACCGCAGCCAGCCAGCUCGGCGAUGUCCAGCCAGUCGGUGGCCUCGACCAAAGUCACGCCCACUGCAGCCGCCCCCGUCUCCGCCCCCGUCUCCGCCCCCGUGACCAGGCCGACGAUGGCGCCUAGUGCUGGCCAGCAGACCGCGGUUGUGAAGCCACAGCAGUCCACGUUCAUCGGGGGGCGCCUCCCGAACGACAGGCCGCGGGCCCCGCUCGCCAAGAGCAAGAGCGAGGACAUGACGAACAAGCACUUGGGCCACCUGCUGGGCGGUCAGGGACCUCAGCCAAGAGCCGCGACGGACGUGGAGGAGCUGCGGCGAGCGCGCAUCGCCUUUUUCAGGAACUCGGCGUGCGUCGAGGAGGACGCUGUAGGCGACCUGGCCAGCGCGGCCACGCAGACCCGCGACCCCCCCGCCCCGCACCUGACGGAGGACCGCGACCGCUUUAAACUGCGCGAGAUGCUCAAGGAGAUGAAGGACUCCCUCGCGAUCAAGCACGGCGACUCAGCCGGCCCCGCACGGCGUCCAGGGGUGGGGGCAGGGGUGGCGGCCGCAGGGGGCAGGGUGGGACCCGAGGUCCCCGCGGAGGCGAGUGAGCAAAAGAACAACCCCGUCCCGCCGGCCUUGGUCGGAGCCGUGGCCAAGCCCACCAAGGUGUCCUCGUCGGCGCAGACGAGCGCCCAGGUUGUCCGGAAGGUUGAGCCGACCCCAGCGCGCCCCGCCCCCGCCCCACAGAGCCGCGCCCCCGCCCCUCAGGGUGCCGAGCCAGUGGUCCAGGACGGCGUCCUGUACACGUCCCUGCGCAGGGACGCCCCAGAGGCGCGCCGCCUCGGCACCGGCAUGUUCGAGCUCAUCAGACCUAGGGACUUUGCGACCAGGGCCUCCUCUGGCCCGCUGUACAUGAACGUGCUUCCUCGUCCUUCUGUCCAGCGCCAUGCUGCUGUUGCUGUUGCCGUCGCCGCUGCGGCCCCCGCCAAGACCGUGUCCCCGUCCGCCGCGCUCGACUCCAGCCCCGAGCGAAGGUCCACGACGGAGUCGGCCGAGUUCGCCACUCCGUCGUCGUCAGCCGCCUCAAGUGCAGCCGGCGGCCUGUCAUCGCGCGCCUCGUCGGCCGGCGGCGCCAGUCGUAGCAGCUCUCUGGCGUCAUUCUCGUCGUCACCCUCGGACGCUGGCGAGACCGGCGUUCCCUUGGUCCCUCGGGGCAGGUCCGCGGCUUCCUUCGCGUCCUCCCCAUCGGGUGGUGCCAGCGGGCUCGGUCUCAGCCGCACCAGCUCGGCGGCCUCCCCCCGGCUCGGGCCGCAGUCCUCCCUUACGUCCUCGAGUCGCGCCAGCUCCGUCGAGACGCCACCGUCGUCGGCCGGACGGCUGAGCCGUGACGCCUCCGUGGAGAGCAGCGCCUCCGGGUCGGCGUCGGCAUCGGGUCCGUCUCGCAGCCUCAGCGUGGUCAGCGAUUGCAGUGAGGUGGACCGCCUGACGGAGCAGCUGACCGUUCCGCAGGGCAUUGCGGACUUCCGAGCUGCACUGAACCGCUCGCAGACGCUGGACGCCAACGGCAUGCCCGACGUCAACACGUUGGCGGUGAACCGUCUGCUGCGGCGCCUGGAGGCCACCAUCGCCGGCGGCCAGCACCAGGAGGCCGCCCGCCUCGCCAAGGACCUGGCGCGGCUCAAGAUAUCGUGCUGCGUGACCAGGCAGCCUAAGCAGCAGGACAGCAUCACGGUGGACAUGUACGUCGAGGACAAGCUGUCGCACCAGGGGCCCAUCCCCUUGCAGGUGACGCCGUCCAUGACCGUGGGCGAGCUGGCGGCCAAGGUGGCGCGCGAGUUCCAGCUGCCCGAGCACGUCCAGCGCUGGAUCCUGGGCAAGCAGCUCGCGCAAGACCUGCAGCGCACGCUGCGCGACCACAACGUCAGCGAGUCGGGCUGCCCAGUGUUCCUCUACCUCGUGGCCCCGGAGGCCGACGCAGAGGCGGACGGGGAUGGAAGUUCUGCUUCGGGUCACUCCAGCUCGGGAGACCGCCCCUCUAGUGCGACCUUAGAGGGCCCGGGACCUCGGAGACUGCCGCCACCGCCCGCCGUCGGCAACCGACGCGGUGGCUGGUACUACAACUACGAGGAGGACCGGUACAGCUUCUGCGAGGACUCGGACGAGGACCUGUCGGACGGGGAGCCCCACGCACAGCCGACCGUUGCGACCGAGCCGACGCUGGUCGAGAGCACGCCAACACCCGCACCCCGACGGAUAACGUCGCCGUCCCCGGUGGCCAGGAUGGGAGCGUCACCUGUGCCGGCGUCGACGUCGCCGGCACCCCGGGCAGUGGCGUCUCCGGAGCCGGCGGCCCGGAGGGUGACGUCGCCCAUCCCGGCUGCCCGUGUGACGUCAUCGCCGACGCCGGCGGCAAGGGACGCGUCAUCGCCCACUCCAGCAGCGCGUGGAGUGGCGUCAUCGCCCACGCUGGCAGCCCCGGCAGCCUCCCCUGGCCGACCGACCCCGACGGUGAGGGCGGCCGAGGGGUCGCCUGUACCGACGCCCCGCAAAGGCCCCGCCAGCGCCUCGACGCCUGGCCCGGUCGCGCAGCCCCAGCACCCACCGGUGCGGCCGCAGACGUCCGGCUACCGCAGCCAACCGCUGCAGACCGUGCUGGCCACAGCCACCACCAACACGACCACCAUCGCGAACGCGCCCUCCUCGCCGCCGCCGACCCGAGCGACAGCAGCAGGCCCCUUCCACCGCCAGGCUGCCGCCACAGCUGCCUCGGCCGCACCAUCUACCUCCAGCGCGACCUCUCCUGCGGCCUCCGCUGUAGCGUCCCCGGCGGCCCCCACCGCGGCCUCCACGGUGGCCUCUGCUGCGCCCGCAGCCACCGCCUCCGGGUCGCAGGUCACGCAAUUCCCGGGUAGCUGGAGAUGCCCUCGGUGCACCCUUCUCAACUCGGGGGUGCGCCCUGGGUGUGCGGCCUGCACCGCCGAGCGCCCCGCCGCCACCUUCGACGAGGGGCUGGACGCAGACGAGCUGGAGCGCCAGCGCAACAAGGAGCGGGAGCGCCAGUACCAGCUGCUCGUCAACCUGGAGCGGCAGGACCUAGUGCCAAGUACCGAGCACUUCGAGUGCCCCGUCUGCCUGACCGAGUACGGCCCGGGCGACGGCGCUGUCCUCAGGGAGUGCUUGCACACCUUCUGCAGAGCGUGCCUCAUCAACACCGUCCAGUUCUCCGACGACGCCGAGGUCAAGUGCCCGUACCGCGACAAGCAGUACGCCUGCGACGGCAUCCUCCAGGAGAGGGAGAUCAAGGCGCUUGUGCCGGCCGCCCUGUACGAGCAGCACCUCGCCAAGUCCAUGACGCAGGCGGAGCGCAAGAUGGACAAGGCCUUCCACUGCAAGACGCCGGACUGCACCGGCUGGUGCGUCUUCGAGGACAACGUCAACGAGUUCCGGUGCCCGGUCUGUCGAGCUACCAACUGCCUCACCUGCCAGGCCAUCCACGCCGACAACAACUGCGCCGAGUACCAGGCGCGGCUGCAGCGCGAGGCGGCCGACGGCUCCAACGAGGACGCGCGCCGCACGCAGGCCAUGCUGGAGGAGAUGGUGGCUCGCGGUGAGGCCAUGAGCUGCCCGUCCUGCCAGGUCGUGCUCAUGAAGAAGUGGGGCUGCGACUGGCUGCGCUGCAGCAUGUGCAAGACCGAGAUCUGCUGGGUGACCAGGAAACCCCGCUGGGGGCCGGGGGGGAAGGGUGACACCACCGGCGGCUGCCAGUGCGGCGUCAACGGCGUCAAGUGCCACCCCAAGUGCAACUACUGCCAUUGACUGUGUGCUGAGGGGUUGUACGUCCCUAGAACAUGGUUUUGUCGGUGAAAUCGGAGGGAAACUCGAGAGCAUCGAAAAUGACAGAAGAGGUUGGCAUUUAUAUCCUCCACUAUUGAUCUCAGAUUCUGUGUAAAAAGAGGCCAUGUGAGGGUGCGAUAGAAUAUUUCUGCAUCGUUUGUUAAACUGUUGUAGAGUAGAUUAAUUGUUCCUAUAAUCCCUAGCAAAAAAGGGUUUCAAAAUGAUUUAACUUACUAUAAAACAGGUGUUUGGGUCAAUUUUUGAUCUGUUUACGUAAGAUGUGCGGAGUAUACCGCACACCUGCUCAAUGUAAUAAUAACAUUUAUUGCUGACAGGGAAAUUUGAUUUUCAAUCAAUAAUCUGGUGUAUGUAUAUUUUGAAUACUUUCUUACCUAUGGAAAAAUUAUAAUAAUUAAAUGUGUUUUGUAAAUUGGGCAACCACGCA